AUGGCGAGCGCACCCAUUACGCUGGUGGCCACGCUGCUCCUUGCCGCGCUCAUGCGUUGUCAGGCCGGAGGUCCCGCACCGCCACAGCCAGCCAUGUUCUCUGGUGUGUUCGACGACAACAUGGUGUUGCAGCGAGCUCCUGCAAAAGCAGCAGUGUUUGGCAGCGCUAUGAACCUCAGCUCUUCCACAGCUACCGUCACUGUGACGGUCUCGUCGGCAGAGGGUAGCAGUAAGACCUACGCAGCACAGGUGUCCGAGAACAAUAUGAACUGGAAAGUUCUGUUGGAUCCUGCCGAGGCUGGUGGAGACUACACCAUCACCUGUGCAUGUACUCAAGGUUGUGUCAACAGCAGUGUGGGUGGUACGAUCCAGAAUGUUACAUUCGGUGAUGUCUACUUCUGCUCUGGCCAGAGCAACAUGGAGCUGCUCCUUCAUUUCACAUUCAGCCGUAACGACACGCUGGGUGCUAUUGCAAAGGGCAUGUACCACAACAUACGGGUACGCCAGUUCUCCCAUAACAGUCAGACUGAGGAAACGUUCAUUGUACCGGCUGGAAUGGGGAGACUGCACCCGGACAGCUCCACGUGGCUGGGUGCAGGCCAGGCACUGGCGCUGGAGGAAACCAUGAGCAUUUGUCCAUGGUGCGGCAAGACGAAUCGCAGCGUCCUAGUUUCAUUCAGCGCAGCGUGCUGGUACUUUGGCCAGGCCCUUUCCGACGAAUUAGCCAAGAUGAACGAUGGCAAGGCUCCUCCGAUAGGCCUGAUAGCUAGUAGCGUUGGUGGCACUAAGAUCGAGCUGUGGACGCCUGUCGAGGAACUGGGAAACUGCAAGAAUCAAUCGUGCCCAGCACCCGUCAACACCACCACAUGCGGCUUGCUGUACAACGGCAUGGUAGCGCCGUUUGUCAACAUGUCAGUCAAGGGCUAUCUAUGGUACCAAGGUGAAAAUAAUGUCUACGAAGAUACUGGUAAUGUCCUGGAACACACUGGCUAUGGCUGUAUGCUGCCCAACAUGAUCAGCGCCUGGAGAAAGGCAUGGUCGGUGGAAGAGGGCACCACAGACCCGCUGGCUCCAUUCGGUGUCUACACGUUAGCUGCGGGCACCAGUGAAGGACACGGUACUCACAUGGGUGGAUUCCGCUGGUCGGAGACGGCAAACUACGGUGUUGUCCCCAACCCUGCCAUGCCCAACUGCUUUGUGGCAAGUGGCUAUGACUUGGGUGACCCUUGGAACAAGGACUGCUACUUCAAGAACUGCUGUACGCAUGGAGUUGUGGAGCCUCAAGCGCCCUGCAGUGGAGACACCAGGUGGAGCUGGUGGGCAACCAACUUCUUCAUGGGCCCCAUUCACCCUCGUCCUAAACUGCCGUUUGCCACGCGCCUGGCAAAGGCGGCGGCUGUUGUUGUGUAUGGUGCAAAAGGCCCUGCGACCGGUCCGGUCAUCGCGGGCUGCUUCAUGUCGGACGAUGGCAAGAGCAUAUCGGUGAAGUUCAACACGAAGUUGCUGACUAGCUCAGAAAAGGUCAUAGUUCAGGAGUACAAUAGGUCAUUGGAGAUGAUGGCUAGCGCCAUGGAGGUUUGCAUCGGGGAGGUGAAUCCUCCGUACUCACCUGACGCUGCUGAUAAAAACUGGAUGUUUGUCAACGUGAUGGCAGAUAGCAGUGGUUCCGGGAUCACCGUUGACCUGAGCACGCUGAGCGGCAGCAAGCCCACGGCGGUCAGGUAUGCGUGGCAGGACUACCCGUGCUGCGGUGCAUUGGAUCGCACGUACACACCGUGUGCUCCCGGCUCAUGCCCGGUCAUGGCCUCUCCGUCCAUGCUGCCGGCCAUGCCAUUCUUUGCACUGCUAGAAGGAGGCAGGUGCAAGUGCAUACCACCACAGGUCUGUGAUGGCUGA